UCUGUGGUGUGAUGGCAUUCGCCACGAAAGUUCGUGUCGAUUGUAUGUAUUAUAAACGCAAGGUGUUUUCUAGAUAAGUGAAACUAUUUUUGUAAGUCGUUUAUUACGAGUUUAAGAUUAAAUUUUAUAUAAAAAAAAUAUAAUUUUGACUUAGAUCUAUGAAGUGGUGAACUGACAAUUAAGUUUGUGUUCCUGUGCCUAAAAAUUAAAAAGUUUUAUAUCCUGUUCGAAGUUUGAAACAAGGCCGUGAAUCAUUAGCGCUUAAUUUAACAGAUUUUCUUUUUCACCAUGGGAAAGAAAACACUGUUAUGAGAAGCAACAAUGCGUAUUGCCGUCUCGUAAAUACGAGAACGAGUAAAUGAGACAAACUACGCUUGAAGAAAUGUGACAUAACGCCAUCUAGCGAUAACCGCUUGUAUUAGAACGUGUGGUUCGACAGCACAGAACAAUGAAGCUAAAUUUAUUCAAACGGUCGAUGAUUUUUGCGACGUUCUUCGGAUCGUGUCUGUGUAUAGCGCUGAUUGUCGCUUCUUUGGGCACCACGCAUUGGGUGGACGCGAGAGCUAGAAGAUUGUCUAAUCCUAUCGAAUCCGAGGGUAGAAUCAGCUUUGGACUGUUUGAAGGUCACAAGGAAUUGAAUUUCGGUUAUGGCUGGAGGAAUCAUGAUUUCAGCAUAAAAGCGGGUACUCAUCCAGCUCGACGCUGGGCGUGGUGCGGUACCGCGGCUCAAUUGGCGGUAGCGUUGGCUGCCUCUGCUGGUGCCUGUGUGUUGGCUGCAUUGGGUUCGGCCGCAAGGAGCCGAUGCUCGCCACGACCUUUGCUUUUAUGUAAUAGUGCUAUUGUUCUUUUCACCUUAGGUGCAAUUGCAGUUUGGUUGACCGAGUUCUUCCUGAGAUUGCAGCAUAAUGUCAUGUCGGAUGAAGAUCUAGCGAACACGUGGUCUUCGGAUAUGACAGCCGACUUAGGACUUUCUUUUUGGCUCAUAGUAGCGGCGACAAUAACAGCAUUUAUAAAUAAUGUAUGUAUCCUAAUAGCCGCUGCAGAUGGAAGAGACGUGGAUACCAUCGCUCCAGCCUUAGAAGAGAAGGUUAACGGGGCGAUCAUGUUGUAUUAAUAGACUAUAUGUAAAGUAGUGAUGCACUACAGAACUUAACGGUCUAUCGAUUGUUGUCAUUAGUAUAGCUCGAAUAUCUAAUAACAAUGAAUAUAAAUUGUCAAAAUUGUUAAUUCGAUAAAUCUGUAGUCGAUAUUCUUGCAGCACUAGUUGAAGUUAAUAGUAAUCUGUACAGUAUUCUGGACCUGAAAGUAGAAACGAAAGUAUGUAGUACGAAUAAACGGGAAUAGUUUCAAACGAAUAUAUGAAAAAUUAAUUAAAGAGUAAGAUAGUAUUCAAUGUACUUUAAAAGGAAUUUACAAAAUAUAAUGCAUUUAACGAUACAAUAGACCAGAAUAUGUUCUAUGCGGUCUUUAAACUAAA